UCACUCACCAAAGGUCAAACUUUAAGGCUAAGAAUCGUGACUAUCAGCAAGAGUUCAGUCCCUGAUCGAUCUACUACAGUACUUGUUCAAGUUCAACAUUUAAAACACUUCCGUUCAAACUGUGGACAUUUGGAUGAGUAUUUCAGGCACUUGCGUUCACUGAAGUCCCUAAUGAAUGCCCUGUGCACGGAAUACACGAGUUUAAUCGAUUAUUCUGGGAUUGACUUCCGGCUGCCUGCCGCUGAGAUGGCGACGCCGAGGGAGGAGGCACGUGGUCUUUUCAGGCAGGGCGUGCAGGCGGUCUUGGACAGCUGGGCCGUGUUGCAGAUAGCAGUUGAAAAUGGCUUUGGAGGAGCACAUAGCCAAGAGAAAGCUGAAUGGAUGGUAGGGGCUGUGGAGCAAUACUUUGAGAGCAAUGUUGACCUUGAACCAGAGGAGAUAGAGGACUUCCUUGCUGAACUGAUGAACAAUGAAUUUAACACUAUAAUAGAAGAUGGAAGCUUGGCUCAGGUAAGCCAGCAACUGUGCCUGUUUUUCAGACAGAGCCAUCAGGGAGAUACAGCAGCAAUGCUUGAUGCCAUUAUCCAUCUGGCACAGAAGAAACAAGAGGCUAGGAGGGCAGUUGCCAAAUCUCAGCCAGCUGCAGAAAGCAGCAGUGAGGAAGAACAAGAAACGGAAGAAGAGCCGAAAUGCUGGAGAUGUGGAUAUUUGGAUGCUACCUAUUACCAUAUUUGGUGGACGUGCCAUGGACUGCAGUGCUGGUUCCAGCAUGAAUGGAAUACAAAGCAAUCCAUCUCCACUGUCAGAUAGGACUACUGAAGAUGGAUGGAUGUUGGUAACCAGAAAAAAGAAAUGAAGGAAAAAACUGUGGUAGACCUGGAUAGAUGCAGCAAGCCUUGAAUUCUUGUAUAGGACACAUAAUAGGCUUCCAGAGAAGCCUGGGUACAUUGGAAGCACUUUUGUUGGCUGUAUCUUUGCUCCUGAUUUAACAGAGGCUAAAUGGAAUUUAACUUGGUGGCAUACAAUAUUUUUAAUCUUUGAAGUUUCUUCCCCUUCAAAAUUGGAGGAUGUGCUUUUGCCUCAGUAACCUUCCUGGAGUUUGAAAUGAACGUUGAACAACAAUAUAGGAUCCUUGACAGAAAAAGUUCUCCUGCUGUGUCCUGUUCACCGAUCAUCUUGUUCAAGUCAUUGGAAAGGAAGCAACUAUUUCCCCAAAGUCUAACCACCCUUACUAUGCAAAGAAAGGACUGCACUCUUACGCAAAGAAAAAAAAAAGAGUGUAACAGAAAAAAUCUUGUAUUUUAAAAAAAAAAACAAUGAAAAACAAAAUACAACAAUGAAACAAAAAGUAAAAUGGACAAUACACAAAUCAUGAUGGUAGGACACAGGAAGUUUUGGUCAAUAAAAGCUUCCCUUCCCUAACCUUUGCAGUGGCCAGCCACUAUACAAGAGCAACAAUAAAAUAUUAUUUUGGUAA